UUCCAGGAUGAUGAGCUAAUAGUGAAUGGGCACGAAGAAGAUGAAGAGAGGGAGGAAGCUGCUCCACCCCUGAGCGCUCCGCAAUUCAACGUUCCACAAGCCAUUCGGUUUCAGGAGCCACUGGCUAACAUGCUGACAGAGGCAGCAUACUGUGAGGGAGCAGAUGGAGGUUCUGCAGCAGCGGAGAGCUCUCCAGGAGACUCCUGGCCGUUCCACCCCCGUCGUCACAGUAUCACCUCCCAUGGUGCUGCCCCGCGCUCGACCACGCCCAGAAACUCCAGCUGUGGAAGCAAGUCCAACAGUACAUACAGCUGCUGACCCAGGUGAACCUGCUGUGCAGCCCUGUGGAGGCCCUGCACCACAAGGCCCACCACCAAACAAUACCUGGAGAAGCUCCAGGCGUUUACCCAGCAUGAGGAGGCGAUCAGGUCAGUCCGGGAUCCAGGCUUCAGCAGCAUUUUCAGGGCCUGAAACCUCCAGGGGGCACUGUCUCUUGUCCAGGAGCAGGAGAGCUCUGUCUCGCCAUCCGCUCUUUCUCCAACCCCCCCUGCCAGGCCUCAAACACGCUCUAACAAUGUGCGUACAUACCCUCUGCUGCCUGCUAAGACGGCCUGGCUGCUCACCACCUGCUCCGUCUUCCUCUAUCCAGAGCUCCUGCCCCACUGCAGCCUGGACCCCGCACUGCACCCUCCGCGCACCAAGAACAACUUCUACACAUGCGGAGAGGACAGAAGAGCAAGGAGCUCCUUCAUGGGAGGGUCCUGAGGAAGGCUCACUCUCCAUCCCUGAGGAGAAGGAAGAGGAGGAUGACAAAAUUGAGGAUGACGAGGAGGAUAAGGAUGGGGGGAGAGAACACAGCCCCUCGCCGAAGAGGAGUACGGGGGAUGGAGAAGGCUCGGGGGUGUCUGAUGGCCCCCCAACACCCUUUAGUGGGGAGAUGGAGAACCCCCUGCAGCCUUGUCCCAACCCCUCUUCUGAUCCCCGUGUGUGCCAAAAACAUCUCCCUCACUGCCAGUGGGGAGAAGGUCAUACUCUGGACAAGGGAUGCUGACCGUGUCAUUCUAACCACCUGUCAGCAGCAAGGUGCCAAUCAGAGUACUUUCCAGGCAAUUUCCACCCAACUUGGCGAUAAAACACUCAAUGAGGUGUCUCGGCGGUUUCGGGACCUGUUGAGCCUGUUCCGCACCGCUGCCUACCAGGUCAACUUAGAGGACGAAACUAUGGCCACUGAACAGCAGACAGUCACAGACAAGGAGCAGGACAGAACCAACCCAAAAAGGACAGAACCAAGUUCAGACACUUCAAAGGAGAGGAGCAAGAGAGGAUAUUUGUGACUGCAGUAUAUUCAUACCACAUAUAAACUUCCAGAAACCAGUUCAAGGCUAGUGAAAUCUGGAGGCAACAUUGAGGGCAUAUGAACACUUAAUAAACUCAUAUCAGAAUCACCUGAGCGGAAGCAACACCAGCAGCUCGAAAGAUGGCAGCUUUUCAAGUUUACCAUAACCAAUUUUAAACAGUGAGCACUGUGUAACUGUACAUCACUAAUUUAUUAAAAUAAAUACACCCUU